UGGGCGGCUCUUAAGCCGGGGCCUCCCCGUCCAUGCUCUGCCGGCUGGGCUCCUCUUGCGCGUUGCUUGUGCUCGGGCGAGCGGGCGACGGUGGCCGUUCCUUUCCAGCGCCCGCCGGUCGGGCUGAUCGGAGGAGAGGCAGAGGAGGAGGCACCGCGGGAACCUGCGCGGGGCAAAGACCUUUCCCCCCCUCUUGCUGGGCAUUUGGGGUCGCACCCGAGGAGCGCAGAAAGAAGACCUGCUUUGAGGAUGCUCCGGGCCCCGACGGCACCGGCACCAGCGAGCGCAGAGGGGCGGCCCCACUGCUGAAAAGGCACCGUCGGGGGAGGAUCGGACGCCGGGCGACAAAAUGGGUUGCAUGAAUUCCAAAGAAAUCAGCUUUGAUGGUAAGGGCUCAGGACCCAGUUUGAGCUCUGGUCCUCCGGUUCGUUAUGUGCAAGACCCCACAUCCAGGAACAAACCUGGUGGCAAAGUGGCCAGCACGGUACAGCCCCAGGGACCUGAUGGAUUGGAGGAAUUCAUCGUCCUGGCCCUUUACGACUAUGAAGCCAUACAUAAGGAAGACCUGGAGUUUCAGAAGGGUGAUCGCCUCAAAGUCCUGGAGAAGUCUGACGCGUGGUGGAGAGCAAAGGCCCUGUCGACAGGCAAAGAAGGCUAUAUCCCCAGCAACUACGUCGCCAGAGUGAACUCCCUGGAGACAGAGGAAUGGUUUUUCCGAGGUGUCAGCCGGAAGGAUGGAGAGCGGCAGCUCCUGGCUCCUGGCAACAUUAUAGGCUCCUUCAUGAUCCGAGACAGUGAGACAACCAAAGGGUGCUACUCCUUGUCUGUGAGAGAUUUUAAUAAUGAGAACAAAUUGGACACGGUGAAACAUUACAAGAUCCGGACAAUGGACAAUGGCGGCUUCUACAUCUCCCUUCGGAACACCUUCAACACCCUGCAGGAACUGGUCAGCCAUUAUAAGGGGCAAAGCGAAGGGUUGUGCCAAAAGCUGACGUACCCAUGCAUCGCGCCAAAACCUCAGAAACCCUGGGAGAAAGAUGCGUGGGAAAUCCCCCGUGAGUCUCUGAAGCUGGAGAAGAAGCUGGGAGCUGGGCAAUUUGGAGAAGUCUGGAUGGCCACCUACAACAUGCACACAAAAGUGGCAGUGAAAACCAUGAAGCCAGGAAGCAUGUCUGUGGAAGCUUUCCUAGAAGAGGCUAACAUCAUGAAGACCCUGCAACAUGACAAGCUGGUCAAGCUGAAUGCCGUGGUCACCAGGGAGGAGCCCAUUUACAUCAUCACCGAAUAUAUGGAGAAAGGCAGCUUGCUGGAUUUCCUGAAAAGCGAUGAAGGGCACAAACAGCCACUGCCCACAUUGAUCGACUUCUCUGCCCAGAUAGCGGAAGGGAUGGCUUACAUUGAGCAACAGAACUACAUCCAUCGGGACUUGAGAGCUGCCAACAUCCUGGUUUCAGCCAUGCUGGUGUGCAAGAUUGCUGAUUUUGGCUUGGCCCGAGUGAUUGAUGAUAACGAAUACACAGCCCGGGAAGGUGCCAAGUUUCCCAUUAAGUGGACCGCACCCGAAGCCAUCAACUACGGCUCCUUCACGAUAAAAUCUGACGUCUGGUCCUUUGGGAUUCUCCUGAUGGAGAUAAUUACCUACGGACGGACUCCGUACCCAGGGAUGUCUCACCAGGAAGUGAUCCGUGCCCUCGAGCGUGGCUAUCGGAUGCCACGCACAGAGGGCUGCCCAGAGGAGCUCUAUGAAAUUAUGAUGCGCUGCUGGAAGCGCAAGCCUGAGGACCGCCCUACAUUUGAGUGCAAUCAGAGCAUCCUGGAAGAUUUCUUUACUGCCACUGAAAGUCAGUACCAGCAACAGCCUUAAAGCAGAUGCGGGGACGGACAAGAGAGUGGAGCACUGCAGAAAGAUGCUCUAGAGAGCGGGUCUGAUGGAUGUCAAGAUUCCCAAGUGGCUUAGCCAGAAGCACCUGUCUCCACCUUGUGAACUAACAAGAAACCUGGCAUUGACCACUGUUGGGAGACAAAACUGCACUCGACGGGCCCUCCAGCUGAUCCAACAUAAGCAACUGUCAUGUUUGUAGCUGAAAUACCUUAACAAAACUGCAUUCAGCAGAUGCCAUUUCCACGGAAAUAUGGCAGUGCACUUUUUGUCUCAAGGAUUUGUCGCCAGCCGGAAAGCUGUUGGCUGUUCUUCUAGAAGUGCCUGGAUUUUGUGUGUGUGUGUGUGAGUGAGCAUCAGAGGGAGAGGGGUGGGGGGAGAUUUUGUUUGUCAUUUGAUCAGUUAAAAAUAAUAUGUGGCCAAUCAACUAGGCAAAUGUUAUAAAUACAGUACUGUUAAUUAUUGGCAUUCCAGCUAAGCUUGCCACCUCUUCCUUAAUGCAAGGAAUGGUUGCUUAUUUAGCAAUAUAAAAUGCUCGUUCUAAGUAAGAAACUGUUCCCUGAAAUAAAGAACAGGUGGUGAGCCUAAUUGGCUUACAUUUGUCACAAAGCCCCAAGUUAGUAGCAAUGACAUUACAUUCUAAAUUAUUCUAAUCAAUGUAUUUAAAGCUUAUGAAAUUUUAUAUAGAUAUCAGUGUAUGCCAACAAUAUUCAAAAGGUCAAACUGUUCUUCAUGGUUUUUCAGAGCAACUAUAGACAGGUCGGAUUUUAAAUAUGGUACUUGCAGUUGUGUUUGUGAAGCCAGAUUUCUGAAGGGCCGAAGAGGAAGGAGCUGAGGACACACUCUCCUGCUUUUGUUCUCAGAUGAUGCCAUGAUGGCAUUUAAAAGGGCAUUAAAAAGCUAUCUUUAGUUUCAUAGAAUAUUUGACUACAGUCAAAUAGCAGGUGGCCAGUUGGUGAUAUGUAACUAGUCAGCUGACUGGUGUGUCCACAAAUGGGUGAACUUCGGAAAUUCUGGAGAAGCAUCUGUUUCAAAACCCAUCUCUUGUUUGCUAGAUCCACCUUUGUACUUCUAUUUGCAAGCAACAUCACUAAAAGGAAAACCUGAAUCUCUCCAGGCCAGGAUUUCCUAGAGAAGUCACGCAGCGUUCAUAAGAAGAGCCUGACUGCUGGAUCAGGCCCAUGGCCCAUCUGGUCCAACGCUCUACUCUCAUAGUGGGCAAUUAGAUGCCCAUGGGAAACCCACAAGUGGAACCUGAAAGCAAGACCACCCUCCCCACUUGCCAUUCCAGCAACUGGUAUUCAAAGGCAUCCUGCCUCCAGCAGUGGAAGUAAUAAAAUAUUAUUGUAAUAAAUAUUAUUGUAAUGCAAUAAAAUAAAUAAAAGAAGCAAUAAAAUACAAUCAAAAUCAUUCAGCAUCUAGCUGAGCACGUUACAAUGUACACAACAGGCAGAAAAACCAUUAAGUAGUCUGCCAAGACCUUCGGCAAUUUUUAAGUUUGAAAAAAGUUUGAGAACCACUAAGGCAGAACAUAGCUAUUGUGACUAGCAGCCACCGAUAGCCCUUUCUUGCAUGAAUUUGUCUAAUCCUCUUUAAAAGCCACUGGAAGUCAUAGGAACUUAAAUAUUCAAUUGUUCAUUAUUUGCUUUUCCUUCCUUUUGGGACAGCAAAAUUGCUGCAUCGGUGUAUUUGCAGUGUGUAUUUAGUACCAUGCAGGCUCAAGAUAAACCUGGCAUCUUGAAAAAUCUCCCUACAGUUCUAGAGGGAGCCUGGAAGGCAAGUGAAGGCUGGUGCUCUGUCUCUGUUGUCAUGGCUUGCAUGCUCAAGGAGGCAGGUGAAUAGACAGUGACCAGGCCAGCAGAUUCUGGCGGUUGAAAAUGGACCCCCUGAAGGAGUAUGGGUCUUGGCAGGUGCCCAAGAGGGCUGGGCCUGGGGCAGAUCAAGCAGCAGAUUAAUAAGAAGUAGCUGGUUAAACAUUCAUGCUUCUAGGGUCUGCCAUUUCAAAUUCAAGAUGGAUAUUGUCCAUAUUUCAUGCCCAAUUAUCCAUUUUUAAAUAAAAUCACAUUAAAAGGGGUGUUUCAGAAAAGAUGUUAACUGUUUGCUCUUUUCCCACCCAUCUGCUUUGCUGUUUUGUCAGCCUCUUUUUAAAAAAUCAAAUCUUUAUAUCUAGACCCCAAAUAUGAGAUUAGUUCUAUUUAUCCAAAGGAGGACAAAGAGGGAGAAGGGAACCUUGCACUUUUACCCAUAAUGUCAGUCCAUUCUGAUAUUGCCUCUGUGAUGUCUGGUGCACUGGCCACAAGCUGGUCCCAGAGCAGGUGAAAUCCAGCACCUCCACGGCUUGGGAGGUUUACAUUUUUAAUGUUGGUGAAAGCCGAGGAAGUGUUUUCCACAGAUAAACUAAAACACCCUUACACAUCAGCCCGUUUUGUCCUCAUUCCUGUGCCUAAAUUUAAGAGUCUGCAAAGCAAGGAUGAUGUCAAAUAUUAUUUAAGGAUAUUUACUCUGUGUAUUUUGAAAUGUUUUGAUAAACAUUUCUGUAUGCUUUGUAAUGAUAAAUAUUUUAAG